CCGAGUGAUCGAUACUUCGGCCAGACUGACUUGGAGGAGAGAGCCAGAGUGUUCCGACCAAACGGAACAUCUUCGCCGGCCUCUGCCUCUACGCCACUCGAAACUGCCCAAACUCGAGACAGCGCUGCCGCUGUCGGACUGGCUGGCAGGAGACCCCAUGGCAGAGGACGAGGGCGAGCGGGAGCCCCAGGCAGGCGCCAGCGGCCUCCAGGAGGCCCUCAGGGCGCUCCUGCCCGACUCGAGAGAGGGGCUGGCGCUCCGGCUGGGGGAGCGGGUGGAGCGCAGCGUGCAGGGGCUGCUGCAGGAGGUGGCCGCACUGUUCUGCGCCCGCCGCGGGGGCGAGUGUCUGCAGGCCUGCGAGGCGCUCCUGGACUACUCGUGGGAGAGGCUCAACACGGGGCCGUGGCAGGACGUGCACCCGGACUGGCGCCGCGUCUACGCCUUCGGCUGCCUCCUGAAGGCUGCGUGUCUGUGCGAGGAGCCCGCGGACGCCAGCGCGGUGGCCGAAGCCCUGAAGGUCUGCGACCUGGGCCUGCUGAUGGGGGCGGCCAUCCUUGGGGACAUCCUCACUAAAGUGGCGGCCGUCCUGAAGGCACACCUCCCCUCGGAGAAGAGGCCCGCCCCGGGCCCGGCCCAGGAGCAGCCCCGAGAGAAGAAAGCGAGGACCAACCGUGUUUGGAUUCCAGACGUGACGUCUGAGAGAACGGUGCCCCGGCUCCACUGUCCAUCCCUCCAGCAUUUCAGGAAGCAUUUUCUGGUUCCAGGGAGGCCCGUGAUCCUGGAAGGCGUGGCCGACCAGUGGCCCUGCAUGCACAAGUGGAGCGUGGAGUACAUCCAGGACGUCGCCGGCUGCCGGACUGUCCCCGUGGAGGUUGGCUCCAGGUACACCGACGAGGAGUGGUCCCAGACGCUCAUGACGGUCAAUGAGUUCGUCAGCAAGUACAUCAGGGAUGAGCCGAGGGACGUCGGGUACCUGGCUCAGCACCAGCUCUUUGAGCAGAUCCCGGAGCUGAAGCGGGACAUCAGCAUCCCCGACUACUGCUGCCUGGGCGACGGGGACGAAGAGGAGAUCACCAUCAACGCCUGGUUUGGUCCCCAGGGGACCGUCUCUCCGCUCCAUCAGGACCCGCAGCAGAACUUCCUGGUCCAGGUGAUGGGGAGGAAGUACAUCCGCCUGUACUCGCCACAGGAGUCCGAGGCUUUAUACCCACAUGACACGCAUCUUCUCCAUAACACGAGCCAGGUGGACGUGGAGAACCCCGACUUGGAGAAGUUCCCCAAGUUUGCCGAGGCCCCAUUCCUGUCCUGCGUCCUGUCUCCCGGAGAGAUCCUGUUUAUCCCAGUGAAAUACUGGCACUACGUGCGGGCACUGGACCUGAGCUUCUCCGUCAGCUUCUGGUGGUCGUAGCCAGGGCGGGUGGGUCUGGGAGGCGACAGCAGUCAUGGGCCCAUGCGGUCCCUGCUCCCCGGCCGGCCUGGCGCGGGGUCCCAGCAUCUCGAGAGAGGCCAGAGCUGCCUGCGCCGAAGCCCUUGCUGGGGACCAGGCCGGUGCUGGGCGGACACAGGGCAAGGCCCCAGCCGGGCGCACAUUCCGGCCAGAGGUACGCGGCGGAGGCCGGCGGCCGAGACCCCGGAAGGACGCUCUAGGCUGGCACGCCGCAUGGAGACCGCGGGCAUCGGAGAGCCUGAUGUGGCUGGGACUCGGGUGGGCAGUGUGGGCAGCGGUAGAAGACGGACUCGGGGCUGACUGCUGCCUGGAUUCAAACCCGGCCCCGUGGCGCUCAAUCGCUCUGUAAGCUUUGGGGCCGAGGCCUCGUGGGCGUGUCUCCAUCUGGGAAACAGUUCGAGAGGCUGUGCUUGGGCAGGGCCCCUGCGGUCCCAACCAUUAUUGGCUGUCUGAUCUGAAUAAUUAUCAGGAUGGCUACGCA